AUGUCGUGCGCAGACAACUCCGGUGCGCGAAACCUGUACAUCAUUUCGGUUAAAGGUAUUGGUGCUCGAUUGAACAGACUCCCUGCCGCCGGCGUGGGCGACAUGGUCAUGGCUACCGUGAAGAAAGGAAAGCCUGAAUUGAGAAAGAAAGUUAUGCCAGCUGUUGUGGUUCGACAAUCAAAACCUUGGAGACGCCCCGAUGGUGUCUAUCUCUAUUUCGAAGACAAUGCGGGCGUCAUUGUGAAUCCCAAAGGUGAAAUGAAAGGCAGUGCUAUUACAGGACCGGUGGGCAAGGAGGCCGCUGAGCUCUGGCCCAGAAUAGCGAGCAAUAGUGGUGUGGUAAUGUGA